GCGUGUUUUGCGCACAUGCCCGGCGCCGUGCGCGUGCCCGUGGCGCGCCGGACGUGGCAGCGGGCGGGAGCGAUGCGGGCGGUGCUGCCGGGGCCGGGGCUGUGGCUGCUGCUGGCGGUGGCGCUGGCGGCGGGCAGCGGCUCGGAGCGCCCCCGGCUCCGCGAGACCGUGCUGCAGGACCUGGCCCGCGGCAAGGUGGAGACCUGCGGCGGGUGACGGCUGAAUCGCCUCAGGGAGGUGAAGGCGUUCGUCACCCAGGACAUCCCAUUCUACCAUAACCUGGAGAUGAAACACCUGCCUGGUGCUGACCCUGAGCUUGUGCUCCUCAGCCUCCGGUAUGAGGAGCUAGAGAGAAUUCCCCUGAGCGACAUGACCCGGGAAGAGAUCAACCAGCUGGUGCAGGAGUUGGGCUUCUACCGCAAGGAGACGCCUGAUGCCCCUGUGCCAGAGGAGUUCCAGUUUGCCCCUGCCAAGUCUCUGCCAAUACUGCUGCCCCCCCAUGCACCCACUGCUGAUGGCAAGACCCCACCCAAACAUGACAAGGAAGAACACCCAGACCUCUAGCAAGGAAUGGCACCCUUAGGACAGGGUCCUGCAGCCAGUCCCCAGUGCAAAGAAUGAGGGCGUUAUGGCAGCUGGACAUGGUGUCACAGGGUGGCAAAGGUUUUCCCCCCCACUCUUGCUUGUGUGCUGGUUGAUGCCCUCCUGUCCUUGGAGCUCAUUAUCCUUGGCAGAGGAGGAGCAGCAUUUCUUACAGUCUCUUGCUGUACCCAGACAUUUAGCUGCUCCCAGCACUGGGCAGCAGUAUCCUGCCUGCAUGGGACAGGAUGAAACCCUCAGCAGAAAGCGCCAGGUGCUAAGGGUAGAUGUGCUGAGUCCCAAAGGUGGGAGAGCUGUCCCAAGAAGGGGGCUUUACCCCCCAGCAGGCUUUAUGUCAUAUCCAGCUCCUAGUAAAGCUUUUAUUUGCAGUCA